UAUGAGAACUUAAAGGAUUGUCAUGUGACAGGUUUUGUUUUCGGAAUUCUGCAAGUAGGCCUAGAGAAAGACUGUAGUCUGUUAUGAGUUAAUAGGAUAACGUGAACACUGGUCAAGAUACUGAUAUUAAAGGCAUGUCAGUAUCAAAUAUGUAACAUAUCUCUGUACUUUAGGAAUAAAAGAAAAAUCUAUGAAGCUGAAGCAAAACAAAAUGCAUUUAACUGAAGUAAAAUAAGACCUCUGACCUUUGAUUGUUCCUAAGAAAUAUAGCUCUAAGAAUAAUACAGUGGAAAGAAAAGCUGUUCAAAUGGAGAAAAAAGCACAACAAAAAUGUCACCUAAACAUAGAAACAGUAAGGAAGGACAAGGAAAUGACAUGGGAAGAGAGAAUGAAUUUCUUGAUGCCAAAAAUGAUGAUAGGAAUUGGCAAAGAUUUAUAUGAAGUUGUAGAAGAUGAGGACCAAGAAAAGAAAUCCAACAAUAAAGCAAAUUUACAAGGUUUAGAGAUCAAGAAAUCAUUGGAAGUCACUCCUGAAAAGAAGACAUCUAGGAAAAACAGUGCACCACUGAAAAAAAGGUGGAAUAAGGAACAGCCUUUGACUUCCACUGCCUUAUACAUCACACAGACCGAUCUUCUAGAGAGUACUCCUGAUGUUUCCUCCAUUCACAACUCAGGGGAAAGGUGUAAUGAACGUCCUUUGCUGAGUAACCCAAUCCAGUUAACAGUGUCCAGACCAGUAACCAAAUUUAACCACUUAACAAGUACACCAAACUGUUCUAGGAAAGAACAGUUAGAGAUGGAUUUAUCAGCCAUUCAGCCACUGCUACAAGAUGAUGAGUUAGACAUUCAUGCUUCCACAAUGGUGAAUUCCAUGGAGAUUGUUCCACUUCAUGAUAGUGUAGAUCUUCCUCCUCCAUUAGAUGCAGAGCAUGUUUUGGCAUUAAAUAAGAAAUCUGAUGAAAAGGACAGCGACAAAGCAAAAGUAACACAGGGCCAUAUAAAAAGAACAGUGGCAAAUGUUCAAACAAAACACAGAGAAAUCUUCAAAUUCAAAACAAAAGUCUCAGAAAUUGUACACAAAGCCAUGGAAAUUGCAAAAGUGAAUGAAAAAAGAGGGACUGAAUCAGAUGAUGGUAGAUUUGAUGAUGAGGGGGAUGUUUUAGAAAGCUCAGUCAAAGCACAAGAAAAGACUAGUUUGUAUGGAAAGCAUAAAAUAUCUGAUAAUGCUUGUGAUAAAUUGAAUGUUUUGGAAUAUGAUGAAGAGCAUGAUAUUGAAAAGAAAGCUGAAAAUAAUUCUGCUGUUCUUUCCAACAAUGAUGAAUCAAGUCACAAUUUAAACGAAAGCAAGCAGAGAAGGCUGUCCUUUAAAGAUUUAAGUAUACACAAAGAAUUUGAUUUUGAAGCAGAAAAUAAUGAAAUAAUGAAUGAAUCAGCUGACUGUCACAUGCCAAAUGACUCUGUGCAAAGCAGAUGUAAUGUACAAAGUAAACAAGAAAACUAUUCUAGAAACAGAAAUAGACGCAAAAAAGAAAGUGGUAUUUCAAAUGAAUUUAGAUCUGAACAGCAAAAUAUCCACGAUAAAAUAGGUACAGAAAAUGAAAAAAGAAGUGAUUUUUCUAAAAACAGAUUGGUGAGAAGUUCAUCUUUCCUUGGAAAAGUACACUCUUCCAAAUUAAAUAAGAUUAGGAAACGACUGGAUGAUGUGAAAAGGUCUGUUCCAGAGGAUAGCUUGUGUUCUUGGAAAAGUUUUCUAAAGAAACGUUCAGUAGUCAAGAAGCAUGUUUUCUAUGGACCUGUUGAUAGUUCUAAAGCAGUAGUUGAUGACAUUUUGAAGAACUUUUUGAGUGUUACAUGUUGAAGAUAUCACUUAAAGAACGACAAAUUACAGCCACUGAUGUAGCGUUACAAUGUUGGAUGUUCUCAAAGUAAGUUAGCCUUGGAAAGGGGGGUGCUGUUUAACAGUAGGCUCAUUUCAUCCAACCAUAUAGUAUUUUUUUUUUACCUAUCAGUUUGCCUGUGAAAUUGCUAUAGGAAGAGCAGUCUUAGAAAUUUUUAUAAUUGAGUAGAGUAAACAUGCAUAAAGGCCAACAAGUUUUAGAGCCAGAGAAUACUGAUUUAACAAGGCCGAGUCUAAUUAGUUCUACCCUAGAUAUUUUAGUAAAUUUUCUUGAAUGAAUUUUUGCUAUUAUAUUAAUUAUUUUAAGAUAAAAAAAUCAAAUGUUUACCAUCCCUAUUUCUUAGGGGGCCAUCUCAAAAGUUGUCAAAUUUACUAUUGGGCCGUAUGGGAAUUUGUUGGAAAAGUGCCAAAUUAUCACUUUUUUCUCAUAUUUUUUGUAUUUCUGUCCUAGGGAAUUCCUUUUCAGUCAAAUACAUGAAAGUUAUUGUAAAAAGUCACCAAAUUGUGAAAUUUCAAAAAAUUCACCAUCUGGUUUGGUCUAGGAAUAAUUACAAAGUUUAUUUUUUUCAAUGCCCAAUACCUCUAAAUUUGCCAUAUUGCGGCAUACAUUUUGUAUAUAUCGACACAGGUGAAUUAUUUUGGUAAAAAAUAACAAUGUUAAGAUUGCUGGUAUGUUUCUUCUAAUGUUCUGUCAACAAUUUUUAAUAAAAUGUCCAUGGACGUCUUAAAUACUCGAGCGAGUCAUGCGUCAUACUUCAGCAUCAUGCAUUGCUUACAGAACCGAAAACAGUGACGUGAAAGCCAUUUCAGCAUUUAUUCCUAAUUAUUGUCUUAAAAACACAUUUCAAGACCCAAGAACGUUACAGAUAAUGUAAAAUAAUGUUAAUUUUGUAUCAAAAUUAUAAUACUUGGAUAGGUGUUAUGUUGCACUUACAACUGCAUAAAACUAAAAACCUGUGCAAAGUCAUGCGCACUCGAAUUAGACUCGGCCUCGUUAAUUGAUAGAGUCACAAAUUGUAAAGAUAUAUAUUGUACAUGGUGUAUUUAUUGUUUCUCCAAGCAAUUGAUUUGGAAAUAGAGAGGUUAAAUUAUUUUUUGUUUAUUCAUUAAUGUUGAUGAUUUUGAUUUGAGUUGAUGCUUUUUAUGUAUUACAUGUUAUUUAUUUUGUCAUAUUGUAUUGUAUGUAUUUUGUAUACUGACAGCUCUGUAUGUCUUGUCAAAACUGUUCAAGAGCUAAUGACAGAUUUUAUUUUUGGACUUGUGAAGAACCAUUUUUCAUGUCUCUGUUUCCUUUGCAACAUUCCUUUAUAGGCAGACUUGAAGUGUUGAACAGUAGUUGAAUAGUACAUCUAGUGGAAUUAUCAAAAAAAAUUUCAAACUACAAUUAAUAAUUGUUUGUUCUCCGUAUUUUGACUUUGAAAAUCAAAGUAUUAUAAAUGAUACAUGCAAUUUUGGUCUUGUUAUGAAAUAACGAUUUUUUUUUUUUGAGGUGCAAGGUUGGGUUCAACCAGAGGGUGUAUAAUAUAUACAUGGUAAAUUUAUUUGUUUUUAGCUCAUGGCAACAUGUUUUCAGUGUUUGCAUAAUUCAAAAUAGUUUGUGAUAUAUAAUAUAUAUGAAAUAUUCUGAAACAAUGUGAUAUUACGACUGUAGUCUGUGAUAAAUACACUUAAAUUGUCUUUUUCUUCUUUAUCUUAAUAACUGUAUGUGUACUAUAAUGUGAUAUUUCAA